AUGUGGGAACUCACGUCAGGAGUCCCACCAUUUAAUAAUCAAGAACAUGAUUUUCAACUUUGCUUAAAUAUUUGUCAAGAUGAUCGACCUAAAAUUAUCGAUGGCACACCGAUAUGCUAUGCCGAUUUAAUGAAAAGAUGUUGGGAUUCUAACCCAUUAAAAAGGCCAACCGCGAUCGAAGUUCGAAGGUUUAUUUUCAAUUGGUAUUUCAAUUCUAGUUAUAUUGAUUCUACAAACUCUUGGGAAGUUGAACAAUAUAUUGAUAAAACAAAGUAG